CCCAUCCCUUGGAAAUUUAUCUCGACGGUGGAUGGCGACCAAUCAUGAUGGAAUCAUGGCACUUAUCCGAUAUUUGAUGUUUUCCCUAAUUUGGCCUAAGUAGGUGGCUCAAUUGGCCAAGGAAUUCCAACUUAUAGAAGCCUCUUAGCAAGAAGGGGAUUUCCCUCUACCUCGGUCAAAUUGGCAUAAUAAUAAGUAAAACCAAGCAAAACUCAAUCAUUCAUGAAUAAUACCUCAAAUAUUAUAUACAACAUUCAAUCAACACACAUAGAGUCAUGUUCUUACAUCCUAACGCACAUCUAGACUAGGGUUCACAAUACCCAAGUGAGAAGACUCUACUUCAUAGCUAGGCAAAGGAAAAAAACAAAGAUGAAAGAAAGAACCAUGGUGGAUGCUUGUCUUCCCUCCUUGUUGAUGAGAAUUCCAUUGAGAGGUCAGAAUCUUCACUUCUCUAGCUUGAAAUAAGCCCAAAUCUUCUUCUUCUCUCCUCGUUGAUCAUUUUCUCUCUCUAGAUUUCGAAGAAGAAGACCUUUCUCUCUAGGGUUUCACCUUGGGGUUUUCUUCAGCUGGAACCUAGAAGGGAACCCCGAAAAUCUAAACCUAACCCAAGAUCCAACCUCUUUUUCUCUCUCCCAUCAGCCUUCUAUUUAUUCAGCCCGACGAUCACUUUCACGGUCUGCGCUUGACGGGGUGACAUUGGAGCUCAAAUCGUGAUGUUGGACAAAAAUGUAGGUCAGUGGCGCCAUUUUGGUCCGACAUCACGGUCACUGGAAAAUAAUCACGGUCAGGUGACCGUGAUAAUCUUCUGGCCCGCGAGGUGGAAAUACCUCCAUGUUCCUAGCGAAGGUGGAAAAUCUUCUUCCGCUUUUUGACCUCCAAUGGUCCUAAAACUCAUCCUCGACCUUCCCACACGCUCUAGGAUCUAAAAUGUAUAAAAAAUAGUACACCUAAGCGUAAAAUAGGUCGAGGGACGAUGAAAUACAAAGCCAAACUAUCAAGAAAUGAGGGUAAAAUGUGUACAAUUGGACCCAAAUCAGGAAUCCCGCAAAGAGAAAUUUUACAAUUCUAUAUAGUAUUGGUGCUAUAGGUUUUUGCCUUUAUGGUACAACUUAAAAUUGUACACUUACGUUAUGGUACAACUUUACAUUGUACCUAUACUUUUUGUACAAAAUCUCUUAUGGUACAACUUGAACUUGUACCUUUAUGUGAUGGUACAACUUCAAGUUGUAAAGUUGUACCAUAACAUAAUUAUACAAAUUGCUUUAUGGUACAACCUAAACUUAUACAUUUAAUGUUAUGGUACAACUUUGAGUUGUACAUUAAAGCACCAAUGCUAUAUAGCAUAGUAGAAGUGCUCUCCCGCAAAACUAAGAGUUCAAUAAUGAAGGGAUUAGAGAUAAAAUCAUUGAAGUGGCCGAAAGAGAAAUCAAUCGACCAAUUCUCCAAGAAACCAACAAAACCAAUAGCUCCAACAACUGAAUCCAUAAUGGAGCCAUCAAAAUGGAUGAUAGCAGCAACGAGGGGAGUAGACGGGACCCAAGACUGCAACCAAUGCUAGGGCCAAAAUGGGAGGAGCGUGUGUGCAUCAGCUACUUGUGUGGAGGUCCAUUAAGAUAAUUCGACCUCCAUUUGACAUAGCAAAGUAGUUGGGAGAAAUUGAAUAUCUUCAUAGGUUGUUGAACAUUGACCUUCCAAAUUCUCCAAUUAAAAAAGAUGAGUUGACCAACAGUAGCUUUGGGGAUGCAUUCACCAAAGAAAAACCAACGUCAACUCACAACCACACGAGAAUUUGAAACCUUAAAUGCAAAUGAUUAAGUUCAACCAAGCUACUUGCUAGUUGAGGAAGGUAUCCAAGAGGACUUUAGGGCCAGUAGAGCAAACAAGGCAGGCAAAAGCCGACACAUCAUCGUCAAUUAGUUAUUUGUCACAGAGGACAUCUUCCAAAAGGAGAAAGCCUUUAAUCAAAUGCCACAUGAAUUUUCAGGUAGAGGUAUCGAAGAUGAUGGGGAUAGUUGAUAAAUUGCGAGUAAAAUCUUUUAAAGCUAACAUGUAAUCUGAUUUGAGUGUAUACUAUUCGAAUUUAUCAUAGUGUCAUGUAAAGCAAUUCGUUGUCCGAAAGAUGGGAGAGGAAUACUACUUAUGUGCUUGAAGUAUCUUUAUCAUAGAGAGAACAAUUGAGUUGCACCUUUCAAGACCCAGUAACGUGAUCUAUGAGAGAGGAAAUAUGAGGUGACAAUGGGGAAGAAUUUUAUACCACCAGUGGACGAGAGGGCAUAUUGUGGGAAGCCAUUUUAUCUUCAGCUAUGUGUACGGAAUUGGCCAAAUUUACGACCAGAGGAAGUGGUAGGAGUCAUUUGCAUAGAACACAUGGGAGAGCACAUGGUAAUGUAGACGAAUUUUAAGACUAUUAAGAAAUUUAGUAUGAAUAUCUUGGUUAAACAAAGCAUAAGGGGGUAUAUGAAGGCCAUGUUGCUCGUGGAAACAUCCAUAAGGAGAGCCAUUGAUGAGAGAAAAUUAUAUGGAUUAUACACACGCCCAUAUACAUUUAACCUAAAAGUAGGGAAAAAAACAAGUCUCUUCGUGACUACAAAUAAAAACUCCCAUUUGAGUUGAUCAUAUGCCUUUUUUGUAUUGACUCGCUCUAAACUACAGUCUCGAUCAAUGGCCAAGUAUAUCCAAAGACUUGGUGCAAGUAAGUUAUAAAAUAUUAAAUCCAUGAGUCUCUAGGUGUACUACUACUUUGGUUUGGUUUGUUAUCUAGCAAAACAUAUUUAUUCUUAAAGAACUAAAAUACUCUACAAGCUAUCCUAAGACUAAUCUAAUAACACGAAUUAAUGAUUGACGAUUCUCUAACUUAAUUCACUCUUCAUUCAUAAUGUAGAGAGUCUUUGACUAUACCUUGAAUCUCAACUAAAGAAAUCAAGAUCCUCUUGAAUCGAUUUCUCAAAGGGACAUAUGCUUCUUUAAUACAACAUAUCAAAGUGUUCUACACUAGACUCCCUCUAAUGGGUGAGGUUCUCACACUGUACAAAGCAAUGAAUUGACUAACUAUCAUGUUAUCAAUCCAAUACUUCCAAUCCAUGGUGUUAUAUUGACCUAAUAAGGUAUUUCCUCUCAUAGAGUCAAAGCAGAAUCAAUAAUCUCGAUUAAAGCAUAAUUGAAUCAUGAAAUCAAUCAUACAUAUGAACUAAUAAAAUAUCAAGAUACAA